UACGGAAAUGGAGAUUGAUUUCAAAAUAAGAUCGUCAACUAUUGAUCAUUGUUUAACAGAAUCACAUCCCGAAGUGAAAAUACCCAUUAGAAAUCAAAAUAAAUGGGUCAUUGUCAAUCUACAACAAACUGGAUUUUAUCGCGUCAACUAUGAUCCAGAGAAUUGGCGAAGAAUUGCACGUUAUUUAAAUUCUGAACGCUAUACUUGUAUACAUGUUCUCAAUCGAGCUCAAAUAAUCGAUGACGCGUUUCAUCUUAUGAUAGAGAAAAAACUAAAUUUUUCUAUAUUCUGGGAACUUGCGAGCUAUUUACCGAGACAAGAGAGAGAUUAUUUAGUAUGGUACCCUAUGAUCAAAGCUUUGGAAUACUUGUCGAACUAUUUUGCAAUUAUGAAAGUAUCUGACAGUCAUCUUUCUUCAGAAUUCCAGGAUGUUUCAAUUAAAAUAAAACAGAUGUUUGAAUAUAAGAAAAAUGGCAUACAUCCAUUUUUAUAUGAAUACCACGGUAUAUACAAUCCAAUGAAACCCUUCCAAAGCAAAAUUAAUGAAAAUUUAAAACUGGACCUCACAAAAUGGGGGUGUGUUAUCAAUAUUGAUAAGUGCUUAGAAAUGGCCAAAAAGAUAUUGGAAUUGUAUGUACAAAAUAGUACAUUAAACAGAAUUUCGCCUGGGUGGGAGGAAUGGACAUAUUGUAAUGGUUUAAAGACAGCGAACGAAAGUAUGUGGUAUACCGUAUAUUUGAUGGCAUCUCGUAUGUACAAAGAAAAAUCCGAUUAUAAAAUGUUGGAAUAUCUUAGUUGUUCUGAGAAUCCUAAUAUUAUCGUUAAAUAUCUGUGGUCUGUAAUACCAGAAUUUAAACAGGACAUGUUGAGAAAGAGUUAUCCUAAGAUGCUUAAACAGAAAGAUAAGGAUAAAAUUUAUACUGUAAUUACUAAUAUGUUUCUUUCUACUCUUGCGAGACAUGCUAAAAACACUCUAGUACUUAAAGAAAUACUGACGUCUUAUGAAAUAAAUUACAAAAACAGUCCAGUCAGUGUGACAACGGCAUUCAACGUACUUAUUAAUAAUGCAUAUACUUAUAAACAAUUAUAUGACGAGAUAUAUGAAUUUGCGAAAAAAUAUAGGCCACUCUCUAAAUACAAAAAUUAUAUUUAUACCAAGUUAAUAACACGUUAUCAUAAAUUGCACGAACGGGAGCAAUUUUUUUACAAUUUGUUUAAAUGAGAAUUUAAAUGAGAAACUCAAAUCGUCUAAUUGAAUUGAUAUGGGUGUAAUUAAAACAUGUACAUUACAUCUGCAACAGUAAUGCCUCCAUUUUUGUAUUGAUUGUCUAAUAAUAUGGCAUAAAUAUUUAAUAUAAUUUUUUUAUACAUA